AUGAUUUACUCUGAUGAAUUUGUCCAGUUUAUUUCUGAGAAUUGGAAUUUAUUUGGACAACUUCAUUUGUCAGAACCUCUUUUUUUAUUUUUUGUUCUUAAGAACCUGUACCAUACAAUACUCUCAGAUUUAAGUGAAUUCUCAGUGGUUGAUGAACUCACAUUUAAUUCCUUUGUAAACGGAUUUGAUGAGCACCAAAAUUCCGAUAUAAAUGAAUUUAACACAUUUGUUCCGUUCAUAAAAAACAACUUUUUAUUGACUGACACCCAAAAAAGUCUUAUAGAGGCCCUUUUAACCUUAAGGGAUGUAAAUGAUGAGGAAAGAGGAUAUUUAAAAUCAUUCAGGGUAUAUUAUUCCAGGGAUGAUCGAGGGAGGAGUUACAUUUUAGUGUGCGAAUCGCAGCUGUAUUAUAUAGUUAAGGAACUCACCUUAACUCUAUUCAACGAAAAAUGCGAAUCGGGUGUAAAUAAAAGGUUGGCCUUAGAUAAAUGCGUUAAAUAUUUUAAUUUGCUGAAGGAUAAGGGGUAUUUCUGUAAAGUAAAUUCGGCGAUUGAGUCUGAAUUGUCAAAAGCCGUCAACUCAAGAAUAUUGACAUAUUCGUUGUGUUUUUUACUGCUUUACUUCAAUACUUCGUUUACUGGAGUUUCAAAACGGUUGAUUGAGUCUUUGAACAGUGACAGCUUGUCGACGCUUUUUAAGUGCACGUUGAUGGUAAAUAGACUGAUACUGUCGCACCCUAAGGACGUCAAUCUGUGGGAAAUAAAGGCAAUUUUAACGAAGUUGUGGUUUAGCAGAUUGAAUUUGAAACUAAGGAGGUGCGUAUUGCAGAAAAAUGGCGUUUUUUCAUCGAGGCCACCAUCAAAAGGCCUGUUGUACUCCCACUUGGUCAAGACCAUAUAUAGGCUGUUUACAGAUAAACUUAUUCUAGCCGAUAAAACUUUUACACACGAGGUUUUGUCCCUGAAGCCAUUCAACAACAACGUUGUGUGUUACCUGAAGCACGAGUACGAAUGCGUAAUUGACCACGUGGUUGAGCCUUUCAUGAUUGAAGUUAAGAAAGUGAGCACCUUAAAUUCGGGGAACAUUUUUCAGGAGUUCACCUAUCUGACUGCGGAAAAUAAGUAUAGAACUACUCUUAACAACGCAAUUUUUAAGCUGUUUUACCAAUUUUACAGAAAUUUGUUGAAUAAUUUCAGUUUCCCUGGCCUAUUCAUUCUUUUGGUGAAUUUGAUAAAAACCAGGACGUACAGUAGAAUGCAGUCCUCAGUAAUAAACUAUUCUGAUUUGUACACUAGCUGUUUCCUUUACACCAGAGUCGACGAUGUCGUCGAAGAAACGCUGGGUCUAUGUGAUCGAAUGAUAAAAACGGAUACACACAACUGCUGGAUAGAAAAUAAAUCUAGGCUGCUAAUUCACUUGUUGGAUUUGACUGAGCUUAGGCCUUUUCUUGUUUAUGUUUUAAAUAAGCACAUAGCAACAUGGCAUGUUUUUACCAACUCAAUAUCCGCCAUUUGCAAUUGUGGCAUCGACAACUACAGCAGAAGUGUAAGGAUUUGUAACAUGAACCGUAAAAAAAACGCAAUAAGGAAAAGACUGAUGAAAUGUAAAAUAGACCAAUAUAAAUCUGAGUCCGUAUUAAUUAAGAAAGUAAUUAGGAGUGAAUUUAAAAUCGACGAUAUUAACUUUGGGUACUUGGACGGGCACGGGUUCGUGAGUGUGAAACAUGUGUAUUUGGACUCCCUGGAGGUUUUAAAACGGUUCCAGGACUCUGAGAUUGAUUGUUUUUUGAACGCCUUCAGCCAGCUGCUGAGCGUGCUUGUGCACCUGUUCAGAAACGUUUACACGUUGAAGCGGAAAUCGUCCGUCGACUUAAAUACGGCCAGCUUUACGCCGUUGGUUGACACUGUGCGCCUCGUCUCCAGGUACGCGGCCUCCGUGCCCAGACUCGGCUCCAGGGCGAGCGUGCUGGUCGGCGUGAGCCUGGCGAAGAGGAUGCGGAGGCGCUCCAGGCUCCUCUGCUACAAACACUACAGCGUGAGCCAGGCUGAGGACCACGGGACUCACCGCCUCGACUCCCUCGUUGCCGCCCUGUCGCGUCUUCUUCUCUCCCAGCCCUUCCGCUUCUACGUCCACUGGACUGUCUCCUCCCAGGCCAAGGUGGAGCUCCUGCGCAGGCAGGUGCUUAGGUUGAAGUAA